AUGGAAAUGAAUCAGUAUGAGCCAGAGUCUGUUGACAUUCUCCCAGAGCCCCAGGUGGGUAACCACUCCUCUGAGGAGCCUUUCGGUUGUGGUGAAGAAGAGAGCGCACUUGGCGAGGGUCAAAGGUCACUUGAGAUCUCCAUCCCAACUGGCACACCCAGCCCUCCCCCUCCCCCCUCACCACCGCCGCCGGCUGAAGUCAAGGAGAAAGCCCCCGCACCAAAAAUCUUCACGCCGAGCAAGCUCAGUUUUACAUCCUCAUCCCAACCAGGAGCCAGAAAUAUGAACCUGUCAGACCUCCCUGCCUUCACCCCCAGUGCCUUCCCUCCCAGCGGCUUCAACUACGAGCGGCCAAGACAUUUCAUCCAGUCCCAACCCGCUUUCCAGGCCCCCAGCUAUGAAAGUGUGCAGAGAGAGGCUCAACAAAACCUCAACAGCAUUCACAACAAUCAGAACCAAGUCCAGAAUAGUCCAAUUCUCACCGAGCCGGUGGCUCAGUCUAAAGUUAUAACUGUGCGCAGUCAGUCGGUGUCCCAGUCUCAGUCUCUGUCCCAGACCCAGUCCCAAUUUCAGACAUUACACCUGAGCAAAACCCAGAGCCAGACAAACGGAACCAGCAAGUCCUCUCCAUCUUCGUCCAGUCUCAGUUUGCCUAUCUCUUCCCCUACCUCCUCUGCUCCUCCGCCCCCUAUCCCUAAUGCUGUCCCCACUUCUCCCUCUUUCCCUACUUCCUCCUCUUCCACUCUCCCCCGCACCUCCAUGCGCUCUACCAUCAAGCUGACUCCCAGCGUUCCCAGUGCCAUGGGCCUUGGCAGUGCCACGCUACCUGCCAACCCGGACGCCACGGCCACAUCUGCUGCCUUCCUCUGCUCCAUCCUGCCCUCGCAGUCGUCCUCCUCCUUCACUCCUUACACUUCUUCUAAGCUAUCUCCCAGCUCCACCCUCCCACAGACCUCCCUCAGUUGCUCCCCCUUGCCCCAAUCCAGUCCUCUCCUCCAGGCAAGGGCCUCCUCCUCCUCCUCUUCCUUCCCGCAGGCUCUCCCGGUCUCUCCCUCCUUUCCCAGUUCCCCUCUUCCCUCAUCCGGCUCCUCAUACCCCCAGGCCCAUCCUUCCCAGAAUCAGAACAGGGUACCACCCGCUGUGGUGUCGCUGCCAGCCAACUAUAAGGGAACACCUAGCAUCCUCCCCAAGCCCAUCCUGAAGAAGUCCGUCGCGCCUCGGCCCUCCUCCUCUCGCUCCACAGAUGAAGACAUCCAGGGCUCCAAAGAUGCACUCAUCCAGGACCUGGAAAAAAAGCUUCGCUCAAAGGAGGCCAGGAGGAGGAGCAGCCAGAAACUAUCGUAUGAAGAACGCAUGGCUCGCAGGCUGCUGGGUCCGGACAAUGCCUCGUACAUGUUUGACUCGGACAACCUCAUAGACUCACAACUAGAGCAGCCAGAUUCGUCAGCAGGAAGACAGAUGGGAGGACUGUGGGGAAAGCACCACUUGGGGACAGACGAGAGGGGCAACGAGGGGUCAGCCAUCCAGGAGAAAUGUUACGCUCCUCGUUUUCUGCAGAUCCCUCCGGAUCUCACAGUAGAGGAGGGACGCUUCUGUAGGAUUGACUUCAAGGUUGGAGGUCUGCCCGCCCCGGACGUCUCCUGGUAUCUGGACGGUAAAGCCAUCCGGCCCGAUGACUACCACAAGAUGCUGGUGUGCGAGAAAGGGAUGCACUCCUUCAUCAUCGAGAUCGUCACUGUGCACCACGCCGGCGUGUACGAGUGUGUGGCCAAGAACCGCGGCGGGGAGAGCCGCUUCAGCAUGAGGCUGGACGUCAUAGCCCAGGAGGCUCUCCGCCCUCCCACCUUUGUCCAGAAAAUGCUCAACUCCCGUGCUCUGGAGGGUGACACCGUGAGGUUAGAGUGUAAGGUGGAUGCCUCUCCUCCACCUCAGCUCUUCUGGAAGAAAGACAAAGACAUGCUGCGCAUUGACCCCAACAGAAUGAGUCUGUACCAGGACGGAACAGGCAGACAGUGCUUGCUGAUAGAGAGGGUGAUGAAGUCGGACGCCGGCUGGUACACGCUCUCCGCCAUCAACGAGGCCGGCAUGUCUACAUGCAACACCAGGCUGGACGUAGGCACCCGUACAACUCCAGCUAUGAAGACGGCGCCCCCUGGCUCCAAGACAUUGAAACUGCUCUCCUCUCUGAAUCGCCUGCCUACUCUGACCGUGGAGAGUCCAGCACAGCACACCGCCCCGCUGUACGAGAGCGAAGAGCUGUAGGCCCAAAAGAGUUCCCUGCUGCCAACAUCUCAGGACUGAACAAACCGGGCCGGGACACAGAACCUAAACGAGAACUUGCGUUAACUCCAGAGCAAUUCUAAGAGCUGAUCCCAGAGGCUGCACCAGCUGUCCUUUGAGCCAGAACCCAAAUUAUCUAUGCUGUAGGGACCCGUGCUGAUCGUCCAUACUGAUCUUAGCUGUAUACGGUUAUUCAGAGGUCCUACAUGAAGUUCAGCUCCUGAUCUACUAGCUAUGAGAGCCCUGGCUGGUAAAUUUAGCUGCGGGGGCAGUGUC